GUUCUCCUUACAGUUAUCCACUUGCUACGUUGUCCGUCUUUUGCGCAAUAAGUUUUUUUACGCUUACCUUUUUCCCUCAGAGCUUGGUUCUCUUUCCGUCCUUGCACUGAAAGGACAUCUUUUCUUUUUUUUCUUUCGUGCUACCUUGUCUUCCACCUUUUUUUUUUUCGUUUUGACUUGUCAUUAUGCCGCCAUCAGCAGCUGAGGAUCAACAUCAGGAUCCUUUACUGAAUCCCGGUCAAUUGAAGCAAAUCAUCAAAGCACUACCCGGAAAACAAAAAUUACCUCAUGAACAUUACCAAUACCGUGACACCGAGACAUUGACGGUUGAGAUUGACGAAUUCUUCACUUAUACGGAAGUGGCAACCGAUCUACAAACUUACCGACGUAAUUUCAAAAAGCAAUACUCACAGCCAUGGGACACCUACAGCGAAGACGAAAGAAUCGCCCUCAUUCAGCAGUUACUGGAUAGACUCGAAAACGCUGCCUCGGAUGACAGAGUCGAAACAGCUCAGCAUCUUGUUUACAUUGCUUUGGGCAACUUUGGUGAUUGCAUUGACGAUAGCGAAAAACAUUCUGCGUUUGUCAAAGAGAACAACAACCGAUUAAUGAGUUCUGGCACAUUAUCCAUCCUUUACGAUACGUUGAAACGCACCAUGGGUACCUUGAACCAACAAACCAAUGCUACAUCCGAGAUUGUCGACAGUCUCCACAAGGAGAUCAGUCUGUAUUUAACCAUUUUCUACGUUGUCAUUGAGACGAAUCGUCAAAACGGAAUGUUCAGCGACAUAUCAGCACGGCUGGAUCUUAUGUACCUUCAAUUAUUCUUCAACAUCAUGACGGAACUAAAGGAAGGGCGCGUGAAUACAUUUCCUGUGAAAAAGCUUAUUUUAGUAUUAUGGAAAGUAAUAAUAUGCACCUUUGGAGGAUUAGAUCAAGUCGCCGCCUUGAAAAACAACGAGAGAGUAAAGAGGGGAUUACCUGCUUCCUCCAGAGACACUAUCAUUGGGAAAUGCACGCCGCAGGACUUUUAUGCAUUUCAAGCAAGAACUUGCGAAAAAUACCCUACCUAUUCCCCUUGCGACUUACCCGCCACCUUUGCUAAUCCACUGACCAUCAAAGCCACCCCCGCUCUCGCUAAUGCCAUGGGCAUUGCUACGGCGAGCGCGCAAACCGAACUCCCUUACCAGACUUUAUUUCCUCCCAAAGAUGCGAAACAGGGCAACGGCAACGAACCGAACAAUAAUCCCAGACCAUCCAUGCAAAAUUCACUAUCACAGCAAACCUUGGUAUUACCCUUGUCAUCAACGAGCCCAAGUGUGCCGCGCAGCAUCGUCGAAGCAAGCCAAGUCUAUCAAAACCACAUGCAUCUUUCGCUAGCCAAUUGCCAGAUUGUUCAAGAACGGGAAUUAUCGAUCCGCAAAUGGCAGGAUCGAAGCGAACAACGACAUAUCUCACCUGAUAAAUCAUCCUCAUCAUCACCAUCAUCUUCCGAACAUCAGUUUCAGCGAUUAUUGGACGACAUUGAAAGUGUUUAUGCUUUCAUUGUUCCUGACAUGCAAGCCAUUGUCAUUGUGCUAUUGAAAUUGUUGUUAUCCACUGUAGCUUCGGGUAAAAAUAGUGCUCGACAAACUUCCACCGCCAAGGAUCUUCCAGAAGAAGUCGAUGCGAUCCGUAACCGCGAGAUUAUUUCCAAAGCGACUUCGGCCGUCAUUUUACUACUUCUCAAAUGGUUCAAAGUGUCACAUGUUUUGAAAUAUGAAUACCUCUCACAGAUAUUAGUCGACUCUGGGUGCAUGCUUUUGAUUCUCAAAAUCCUAGGACUGCAGGAUAUGACGAAAAUCGUAUCCAGCCAAACCGAUUUGAAAGAUCACAGCUUUUUCAACCAUAUCGCUCCAAAACGAAUUGGACAAAGUGACGAAACGGAACACUCAAUGAAGACGACAUCGCAGUUACCCACCAACGGACGAAAUAUGUUUUGGAUCAUUAACCUAUUACGAAUAUCGCAAAAGCUGUGCAAGGGCAAGACACAUCGUAUCAUGCUUUUGGUUCAAUAUAAAUCAUCGGCCAUCUUUAAGCGCAUUCUCAAGAUAUCUAAUGUCACCAUGGAACUGUAUGCACUGAAAAACCUAAAGAACCAAGUUCCGUACCUUGGACGUCGGUGGCGAUCAGUCAAUAUGAAAACAAUAUCUGCCAUUUAUCUUCAUUGCUACACCAACCUGGACGAUGAUUGGCUGUCCAAAAAUGAUACGGAUGAUGAUUUGGAGGAUGGCAAGGCCCAGGAGAUUAACCUGCGGAUGCUGAUCAAGAUAUACAACGGUCAGCGUUAUUUGCCAUCGAUGCUGCCUCAAUACGACGAGCCGGAUUCUGGAUUUUCGAGCGCUGAAGAACUAUUUACGAAUAACGCUGAUUACAUAUUACAGGAAUCCGAUCUGGACGAAGGGUUCAUGCGAAAUUACGAACAAUGGUUGGAAGACGAAGUUUACAGUACCACAACAGACGACGAUCCAGAUCAACAUCCCGGGAUUGGGACUCCCAUUCCAUCCACACCGGUGGAUUAUCUGUCUCCAGAAAUGUUGGCCAAGGAGAUCAAUAAAUUGUACGAAGAAGAACUGCAAAAAGAAUUUCCCAAAGUGGAACCGGUAGUUACCGAAGAAACAGGCAAUGGCUGGGAUCAACCUAUUUGUCUUGCACCGAAAGAGGGAGAUGACUUUGACGACAAGAAAAAAAACAGGCUUCGUCACUAUUUCGGUAUUGGAGAUCCUGCGAACGAAUUUGAAGACAUUGAUGCAGAUGAAGAAGAUAUUCGUCCAGAUGAUGAUCCGCUGAACAACAUUGACUGGGAGACAUUGACAGAGGAAGAAUUAACACGAAGGCUUACAAAAGUCGAAGAACGGACGACCCAACGCUGGCUCAACAUUGACAUUAAUGAUCCACAGUAUAUAAAAGUGCUAUUCGACGUAAGCGAUAAUGACGGGGUUGAUCCAUGUGAUAUGGACUAUGAACCGGUCACUUCAUCGACGGAAUGCGACCUGGAUAGCACAUGGUAAUCGACCCUUUCAACUUAAUGUAAUAAAUUUUCUAUCAAAUCACGUAUACCUUGUUAAAUUAAUAACAGAGCCCUCAUUCUUUGAC